AUGGUAUUUGCCAGAAUUCAGGCUUUUCCUGAUCCUUAUAAAAAAUUUGGAAUUGGUAGAAUUAAUCAUAUCACAAAACCAUCGCGAGUAUUUAAAUUAGCAAGAAAGUAUGUUAUCGUUAACUAUCCAGGCCAAACACUUCCAAAUCAAACACAUUUAUUAUCAAUUCAAAAUUCUUCAAUAGAUGCUAUUAUUUUUGACUUCCCAGGACAUGAUGAACCUAUCGAUGAAUGGGAAAAGAACUUUUCUGAAUUCAGAAAUCUUCUAACAUCCACUUCUUUAUCUUUCGGCUUUAAAUUACACGAUCCAGAACCAGAAAACUUCACAAAAAUCAUCGAUCGCGUAGUGGAAGACUAUAGAUCUGAUCCUUUUUACUUCAGAAUCGAAGGAGGAAUGUUUUUCGAAUAUCGUCAGAGAGAAGAUAAAAAUUAUCGCCAACAGCUCAGGAAAUAUAAAUCAGACAUAUUCCCGUGUGCCAUUGUUGAUGACAAGAGGUCAAUAACUACAGGUUAUCAUGAUGGAGUUUCUUGUUUCAUGGCAUUAGGAGAUCAGAAUUCUUACGUUUGGUCAGCAAAUCCUUCUAACUGGGGAGAUGGAAAUAAUGCUGUAAAAGGAAUGGCUUCAAUGUUUGUUCCUGUUGUUAUGGAUAAAUAUCGUAGUGCAGACUAUAGACACCAUCAAUACGAAUCAUACGAAACAGAUCUAGACUACCCAGAACCACCGCCACCAGAUUUUCCAAACCCUUUACCAGAUGAUCCCGAAGAAAGAGAUAGAGUCAUGGAAGAACACGAUAGAUUAAUGCGUGAACACCGUGAACGCAUGGAAGAACGUGAAAUGAGAAGAAAGAAACGCGCAGAAGAAAAAAUGAAAAACUCAGAUCCAAGAUCUAAUUUCAAGUAUUCUUUCGAUUUCGCGAAUCAGGUACAGACGCAAAUUAUUGCUAUUCAAGCAAGCUCUGGAGAUCUUUGGAUUUCGGAUGGUAAUUUUACAAAUGAAGUCAAUAAUGUUACUAUUGAGUUCAAAAAUAAAUAA